AUGGCAAAAGAGUUGAGACAACAUGAGGGUGGCGGAUUACUGCUUGCCGAUGCCACUCUUUAUGCCUUAAGCUCAUUGGAAUUGGGACGUCUGCUGGAAAUAUUUCGAGAACUUGGUCUUCAUGCGACCGACCCAAUGGCUACACUUCACCGUCAGGGCACCGAACAGCUACUAAACAGCAUCUACUCUGCAAUCGCACCCCUGGGUGCAGAGAAAGGAGGUUUCUGCAGCGAGGCAGCCGCCCAAUUAAUGCUUGCCCAGGCCCGUGAGAUUAUUUUGGGCUGGCUUACCUACAUCCUGGAUCCCACCAAUUGCGGUCACCUUCCUGUCAGUGGACUCAAAGUUGCGUUAUCAACUCUUGUUGUGGGAAAACCGGCAGACAAGUUUACCUAUCACUAUAGUUUAUUAGUCAAUAAUGCGGGAGCACUCCAAAUUGAUCGACUUGAGACCUACCUUCAUGAACUGCUUUCGCUUGCUGUUGGGGUAUUUGAGGAACCGAACUUCUCCUACAAUGCCCAGACGUCGAAAUUUCUCCUGUCAGGCAGUGAGCCCUUUUUUUCUUUUAAAACAGUUCAACACCCACUCAAGUGCGAAGGCUGCAAACGAGAACCGAUCGUGGGGUUGAGGUACAAGUGUACCCGGUGUCCGCGGUACAGUCUUUGUCAGGAUUGCUUUUGGACCGGCAUCACUACCGACUCCCACACCAACAGUCACGAUGUGAAGGAGUACACGACUGCAACGAAGACUCAUUCCAGGCAAUUCGGCCACUCCUUGAGAAAAUCGUUUCAAUUCGGUCGUCAACACAGUCUUCCUUCUGGUAGCUCCACGCCUGCACAGCAAGUCAAAGCCACCAGCCGCGCUCCGCAGCUUCAACAGCAAACUUCUUUAACGACGUUUCCACAGUAUCGUAUGUACCGACCAGGAUUCCCUUCACCAGUUAUUCAGCCAGGCUUCCCUCCGAGCUACUACUAUCCCGUUCAGGGAACUUUCGUGAGACCGCCUCCGACGCCAGUUAUGCAAACUCGCCACUUUCAAAGAUCCACGACGAUACCUCGGCAGCAGCAACAGCAGGCGGUGCUUUCACCCACCUUCAAUUCUACCUCUGUGCAGCCAAUUUCACCGCAGGGAACGGAUCCAAAAUCGUCCACGGUGCUCUCGACUGGAGUCAAACGCAACUCCAACAACAAUCUACUUCAACAGCAAGUCUCGCAACGACAUCACUCUGUCACCCAGCCUCUGCCACAAAGACAGCAACUCGGGGGGCUUCUUUCUCAGCGCCAACUAUCCACCGACGCAGAAAUUGGUGCAGCAGGCACUGUGGCCACCACACCAACCACUGCCGUGUAUGGCGCGUCUGCAGCUGAGACAGUAGGUGUGGAAGGCACAAUGAGCGCUUCCAUGGGAAUCCCAGACGGAACCCUAGGUAGGAAGCACCUUCAGCAGCAGCCACCUGUCGAUGGAUCUCUGUUCAGGCAGGCUCCGAGUCAGACGGGUGUUGGGAAGCCAGAUCAACACAAGCUGAUCGCAAAUUACCCGGGUCGUCUUGCUACAGUGGGAUCUGCUACAGGCCAGAAUAUCGAUGAAAUUGUCAGUUCAACACAGUCUCAGAAGGAACUCGUUGCGCAACUUGAAGCUAAAAACAGUCGAUUCGAGCGCUUAUUUGACGUCGCCUUGUUUAGGGAGAUUUUAAUGGAGAUACAGCGGCUGAAAAUGGAACAAGCGAAUCAAGCCGCGGGAAUCGCUGCUGCAAUGCGAGACAGUGGCAUCAAGAAUGCCUCCGCAAGCCUUGUUCAACCGCCGUCGCAGUCUUGUGAAAACGAAGACCCCAGGCUCGUGGCUGAACUCAAUGCCCUUCGACAGCGCAAAUCUGAACUGGAGGCCCGAAUGAAUGAUUUACAGGGUAACCGACGUGACCUUACGAUUCAACUCGAGACCUUGAUGCGGCUUCUAAAAACCAGCCCAAACCAGACGGCGAAACAGAGUGAGGAGGUUUUUGGCAUGCCAACUACUUCAUAUUACCAACAAAAUUACUACACACGUCCACGAACAGCGACUGCGGCAUUACCUCGCCGAAGCUGCAGCCUUAUUCGUCGUAGCAGUGGAACACGCACACCGCUGGAAGUACUUGUCAACGAGCCUCGUUCCCUGGACGCCGAGUUCUUGCUAACCUCAUCGACGAUGCCAAAUGAUCAGCCCGGCAGCACGAUGUCGUUGCAGAGAAGAGGCACCAACCCCCUCCCGGUUUCUCCUCAGCACGCUUUGGGAAGACCAAGCGGUUUCGGCCCCAGCGCCAUUCCACCAGUUGAUGUGACCUACAAGAAUCGCCCUAGGAGUAUUUCGCAUUCAGUUGGCGCGGCGUCUGGCGCACUGCUCAAAGCCAAUUCCAAAACCAAACCAGUGAUUUCAGUGAAAAGUCAGUUGCGUCGUUCACCACUAAGUGGUGUUGGGGGGACGUCGUUGUUGGCCGAGUCGGACAGUGAGGUGGCGCACGCCUCUCGAAGGCCCUUCAACUGUGCCGCGGUGUUUGAUCCAUCUGGCAACUCGGCGACUCCCGCUGCCACCACCUCCGACACCUACCUUUACUCCGACCCUGAGAUGCUAAGCAGUGGGUGGCAACAAGGCGGGGCUAACAGUGGCACCCGAAAAGACCUAGUGAAACCCCUAACCACAACAAGCACCAAUCAGACCUCCGUAGUCACUGUCCUGUCCGUUUCGGUUGUCGAAUCACCGCUGACAACCACUCGAACUCCCAGUGUAGAAACAUCAGAAGAAAACGUCUCAAAAUCGAAUGGAGUGGUAAAGCAUCUCAGUUUUCCAUUUAAAUCUAAUUUUUUUUUCAAUUAUUAG